AGAAAAAGGAUGAUUUGUACUUGGCGCCGUCUAGUUGCCAACGUUGCGGCAGAAUCGUGAAUGUUACUAAAUCUGUGACUAAUUUUUUAUUGUAGUUGAGUAAAGUCGUCGUAAAUUAGUUUUAAUUUGAAAAAGGAAAUUAAAAUGUCUAAGGUAACGGACAGGCCCAACAGUUAUCAGACGUACAAAUUGGUUAUUGUGGGUGGAGGUGGUGUCGGAAAGUCCGCAAUAACUUUGCAAUUUAUCCAGAGCUACUUCGUUACCGACUACGACCCCACCAUUGAGGACUCUUACACCAAACAAUGUGUCAUCGACGAUAUCCCCGCAAAACUAGACAUUUUGGACACCGCCGGUCAGGAGGAAUUCAGCGCCAUGCGGGAACAAUACAUGAGAUCGGGUGAAGGCUUCUUGCUCGUCUUUUCAGUAACAGAAAGGUCCAGCUUCGAGGAAGUGUACAAAUUCCACAAACAGAUCCUUAGAGUGAAGGACCGCGACGAGUUCCCCAUGCUGAUGGUGGGAAACAAGGUGGAUCUGGAGCACCAGCGAGUCGUUUGGCAAGAGGAGGCGCAGCAGCUGGCCAGACAAUUAAAAAUCCCGUACAUUGAAUGCAGUGCCAAAAUGAGGAUGAAUGUGGAUAAUGCCUUCUACGAACUGGUCCGCGUUGUGCGAAAAUUCCAGUUAUCGGAAAGACCGCCUCUAAAGACCGGCUACAUGAAAAGGAACAAGAAAAAAUGCUGCAUGCUGUGAACGCGCACGCUAGACGCUUAUUUUUAUGUACACAUCACUAAGGUUUUAUGAUAUUUAAACGUAAUUACGCUGUUAGGACAUAUCUGCACGGUCUUGUGUUCUUCUACAGAUAAACAGGGGGACAUUUGGCGUUUUCCCAGUGAAGUUUCCCAAUCAAAAUCCUUUUUACACUAAUCAAAACUCCAGUGACCACACCCUUAGUGCGUAUUGAAUUUUCGUUGACCCCUUGUUUGUCUGAUUUUAGCCGUCAAGCUCUAUAAAUAUUGUAUAUAAUAUGUAGCUAUAAAGAGAGGCAGACUUAUAUGAAUAUGACUCAAGCUUUUUUUGUAUAUAAGUUAUUGUCUACCAAAUAGAGAGUGAAAAACACCAAUUUUAUUUUUAUAUAAAUUAUAUUUUUCUAGGCUACUAGUAGCUAGAAUAGUUUUAUGGAUUCUUUGAGACAAAUAAGAUUGCCUGAUUGUUCAUUUAGAGAUCUCGAUAAAAUUAUUUCAACCGAAAUAAUUUUCAGUACAUCACGUGAGAUGAUAUUUACAUUAUGUAAUUCCCAUGAACACUGCCAUUUGAUGUUUUAAUAGGCAGAAUUGAUUUAACAGAGUGUCAAUUACAUCUAAUAAGCGAGUUACUAAUGAUAUUUAGUUAGGCGGUAAUAGACUUGACUCAUAUUUUUACACUAAACAAACGUUUGGUUUAUUUCAAACUUACCAAAAUAGCCCCCUUAUUGAUUGCUUAGUUUAACAGGUUUAUCGCAAGUACAAUUAGAUGUAAUCAACGGUGCUAUUUAUCGCGGGCACACUUUCUAGUUAUAAAUUUUAGAUUUGUGUGUUCUAUUUUAACAAAAUAAAUGUUUUAAUGUACAAAAAA